CGAUCCAUUUGCUGUAAGAACCCAGAAAAAAAACCGGUCUGAUGAAUUAAAGAUCAGAAAAAUCUGAAGAAAGUGAGGGCGCGGCGUCGGGAAAAGAAGGAAAGGAUUCGCUAAUCCGUUGGUAAUCCGAUUCUCAGAAAUCAUAGAAAUGGGGCAGAAGAAGAAGACUGCAUCCAUGUUCAUCAGACUUGUUUCUGCUGCUGGGACUGGAUUCUUUUAUGUGAAGAAGAAGAACCCUAAAAACUUUCCACAGAAUUCUAAACUUGAAUUCAGGAAGUAUGAUCCUCGGGUUAAUCGUCAUGUCUUGUUUACUGAGGCAAAGAUGAAAUAAACCAGACAACCCUUUACAUGGUAUGUAAUAUCUCUAUCUUGAUCAUUUCAUUGCUAGACAACUUGUUACAGUUUAGGGUUUAUAAUGAUUUGGAACCAUUGAAAUAGAUUAAUGAGUUUUACUUGAUCUGUUGAUUUGAAAUGAAAUCAAGAAUGGCUUUUUAUCAGUCUAAUUGUGUUACCACUUACCUAACAUUGUUAUAUUGUGCAAUAUGAUGUUUUACCUGUCCAA